CGCCGUAGCAGGCCCGGAAGUGCCCAUAGGGCAAAGUUAAGAAGAUGUGGGCACUGCGGGCGCCGCCGGUGCGCCAGUCCUCUCAGCGUGCCUGGGGCUGGGCGUGCAGGGCGGUGUCUGCGGGGCCCAGUAGGGGCCAGAAAGCGAGCCCGAACUCUAAAUACCGCGAGACGGUGUUGCUGCCCCGAAGCGAUUUCCCCGUCCACUUGCCCGGCCGGCUGCAGCCCGAAACCGAGUUGGAGAUUCAGCAGAAAUGUGGCUUCUCAGAACUGUAUUCAUGGCAAAGACAAAGGAAAACGAAGCAAGAAUUUUGUCUUCAUGAUGGACCACCGUAUGCCAAUGGAGAUCCCCAUGUUGGUCAUGCAUUGAAUAAAAUUUUGAAAGACAUCACAAAUCGGUUUCACGUGAUGAGAGGCUAUAAGGUACACUAUGUGCCAGGAUGGGAUUGCCAUGGAUUACCUAUAGAGUUAAGAGCAUUGUCAGAACUUGAGGAAACUGAACAUCUUUCUCCAAUGGAAAUCAGACAGAAAGCUAAAGAAUUUGCAGAAAAGGUAAUUGAAAAACAGAAAGAGGCCUUUAUCCGCUGGGGCAUAAUGGCAGAUUGGGAGAACUGCUACCAUACGUUUGAUAGCAAGUACGAAGCAAAACAACUGGGCAUUUUUCACCAAAUGUUUGAUAAGGGUUAUAUUUAUCAGGACUAUAAGCCGGUGUUUUGGUCUCCAUCAACAAAUACAGCCUUGGCUGAAGCUGAACUUGAAUACAACCAGCAGCAUGUUAGUCGUUCUGUUUAUGUCAGAUUUCCCUUAUUGAAACCACCACCUAAGCUGGCUUCUGUGAUAGACGGAUUACCUGCUGUGAAUUUGAUAAUCUGGACCACACAGCCUUGGACUAUUCCAUCGAAUGAAGCUGUCUGUUAUAUGCCAAAUUCAGAGUAUUCCAUUGUGAAGUGUGCAGACACUGGGGAACAUUUCAUUGUAGCGGCAGAAAGAGUACAAUCUAUAGCUGCUGCUUUGGAUAUGCAGUUUGACGUGAUUUCAACAUGUAAAGGUACGGAUUUGGAAAGUGGUGUGUGCUCACACCCCACCAUUCCUGAAAAGCAGUCUCCCCUUUUGCCUGCAAACCAUGUGACCAUGUCAAAAGGAACAGGAUUAGUUCAUACAGCCCCAGCUCAUGGUAUGGAAGAUUACAGUGUAGCUUCUCAUCACCAACUACCCAUGGACUGCCUGGUGGGUGAAGAUGGGCGUUUCACGGAGGCUGCAGGGCCUGAGCUUCAAAAGAAAGCUGUCCUCGAAGAAGGAAAUGAAGCUGUCAUUCGGAUGCUUCAAGGAACAAAGAGCUUAUUAAAAGAAGAGAAAUGCAUACACAGCUACCCUUAUGACUGGAGGACUAAGAAACCAGUGAUCAUUCGUGCCAGCAAGCAGUGGUUCAUUAAUACGGCAAAUCUCAAGGCUGCUGCCCAGGAUGCACUAAAGAAAGUAAAAUUUGUCCCAGCCUCGGGGAUGAACAGAAUGCUAGAGAUGCUGGACAAAAGAACAUACUGGUGUAUAUCGAGGCAGCGGCGUUGGGGUGUUCCCAUUCCAGUUUUUUACCAUAAGGAAACGGGAGAAUCCUUAAUAAACAGAAAAAGCAUUGAGAAUGUUAUUAAGAUAGUGGAGCAGCAUGGCAGUGAUGCAUGGUGGACCCUUCCUAUUGAACAGCUUCUUCCCAGUGAAGCUUUGGCACAGGCUGGAAAUGUCCAGGAUUACAUACAAGGACAGGAUGUCCUAGACAUCUGGUUUGAUAGUGGAACAUCUUGGGCUCAUGUUUUGGAAGAUGCAGGUGAAAGGGCUGAUCUAUACUUGGAAGGGAAAGACCAGCUGGGAGGCUGGUUUCAGUCUUCUCUCUUGACCAGCGUGGCAACACGAAAAAAGGCACCAUAUAAGGCUGUUAUGGUUCAUGGAUUCACUCUUGGUGAAAAAGGAGAAAAGAUGUCUAAAUCGAUUGGCAACGUUGUUGACCCGGAUGUAGUUAUCAAUGGCGGCAGCGACCACAGUACAGACCCUCCAUAUGGCGCCGAUAUUCUACGCUGGUGGGUGGCAGAGUCGAAUGUCUUUGCGGAAGUUCUUAUUGGGCCAGCUGUGCUUAACUCUGCACGAGAUGACAUCAACAAGCUUCGGAACACGAUUCGUUUCUUGCUCGGCAACCUGGCCGGCUUCACCCCAGAGACGGACACAGUCCCCACAUCGGAGAUGUAUGUAAUAGACCAAUAUAUGCUCCACCUGCUGCAGGGCUAUGCAAACAAGGUUACAACAGCGUAUAAGGAAUAUGACUAUGGCAAAGUCGUACGAUUACUGCAAGCCUUCCAUACUAGAGAGCUGUCUAGUUUUUACUUUAGCAUAAUCAAGGACAGACUUUAUUGUGAAGAAGAAAAAGAUCCCAAGCGCCGCUCAUGUCAAACAGCCUUAGCUGCAAUUUUCGACACGGUGGUUCGUUCUUUUGCACCAAUCCUUCCUCAUUUGGCUGAAGAGGUAUUCCAGUACCUUCCGUAUCAGAAAGAGUCAGAUAGCGUGUUUCGUUCUGGGUGGAUGAACACAAGUCCCGUAUGGAAGAAACCCGGCCUUGAAGAAGCAGUGGAGGGAGCCUGUGCAAUGAGAGAUGCUUUCCUGGGCUCCAUCGCUGGCAAAAAUGCUUUGGAAUAUCAGGUGGUACUUGUGAUUGAGCCUGGACUGCUCUUUGAAUUAAUGGAGGUGCUGCAACACGAGGAGUGUUCCAGUACAUCCCAGCUAAACGAAAUAAUGAUGGCAUCACAAACAACGCUGCUUAGUGAAGUCCCGAGAGACAUGAUCACAGAUGAUAUGAUUAAAGGGACAUUUCUGAUCAACUUAGAAGGUGGUGAUAUCCGGGAAGAGUCUGCCUAUAAAGUCAUAGUUCUACCGGCUGCCAAAUCAAAAUGCCUGCGCUGUCGAAAAUACACUGCGGAUUCAGCAGACACCCCCUGUGCACGCUGCAGGGAAAUACUUGGGAAAUAGCAACCGCGUCUCCAUGCUCUCUCAAAAGCAACCUGAUAUUUUGCUGACCUAUUUCUAAGAAAUGUGUGUAAUGAGAAAACACGCACUACUACUGCGGGGAGAGAGGUUGGAAUGUUUAUUUGAAAACAGUUUGGUGUAUAUACGUAAGCUUGUACAUUAAUAAACUGCUUGUGAGAGA